AUCUCUCUCAUUUCCAGAUGUGCUCAGACUGAUCAUCAUCUCCUGGAGCUGAAGCUGCAGCCAUGAUCGUCCAUCCUCGUUCUCUCCUCCUGGGUCUGCUGGUCAUCCUCUACCUUCAGUCCGGUGCAGUGGGACAGAAUGGAAAUGCACCAAAGGAAUGCUGUUUCAGUUUCUAUACCAGACCAAUCCCUGUAGCUGACAUUACUCAGUACGAAGAAACAAGACGUGACUGUCCAAGAGCUGGAGUGAUUUUUACCACCAAGAGGGGUGUUCAUGUGUGCGUGGACCCCGGCUUUAGGUGGGUGAAGCGAGCCAUGGACAUAAUCGAUCGUCGAUUUGUGGAAGGUUCAUCCUGAACUCAGCCGAGUGAUUAAAUCUUCUCUCUAUUAAUGGGAAACUAACUCCUUUUAAUAUUCCAGCUCUUUAUUACUACAGCAGUGUACUCGUCUCUGAUUGGGUGAAGGAAUAAAGCUUUUCUGUUUUUUA